AUGUACUCUCUGGUGUCAGUUACCACUUCUCUGGGAUUUAGUCAUCCUCUGGGAUUUCCUCCAGUUGUCAGAAUUCACAGAGACAGCGGCAUCUUCGGAGGAGGAGGAUUCUGCUGCUGCUCCGACGCUUGUUGCUCCUGGUGGAAGUGGCUGCUGGGCCUUCUGCUCCUCUCCCUCCUCCUGCUGGGUCUCCUGUUCGGUCUCAUCGCACUGGCUGAGGACGUGAGGAAGCUGAAGAAUCGAGUGGCCACCCUGGAGGCCGAGUCCUCUGUGGCUAAUGCUCAUACCAGUCGACUGUCAGGUUCUUCCACUAACAUUCACCUUGGAGGUGGAGGUGCAGGAACUUCUUCUCACACUGACAACACAAUACUCCUGGGUGGUGUUGGUGCUGGAGGGGGAGGCUCAAGUUCCAGCACUAAAAUCGGAAUAUCUGCUGGGGCUGCCGGUUCCGCGGGUGGCAGCACCAAUGACAUCGGUGCUGGAGGGACGUUAGGUGUGGCUGGUGGAGUAGAUGGAGCAGGUGGAACAGGUGGAGCCAGGGGUACUGGUGUUGUCACUGGUGCUGGUACUGGUACUUCCUCUGGUGCCGGUACUGGUGUUCUCUCCGGUGCUGGUACUGGCACCCGUAUUUCCAGUGGCACCAGUGUUUCUAGUGGCACCAGAGUUUCCAGUGGCACCAGUGUUUCCAGGGCUGGAGAAGCUGGCGCUGGCACUGGCUUUGCUGGUGGCGCCAGUGGGACUGGUUUCAAUGGCGGCGCUGGCAGUUCUGGUACCACCGCCGGUUUUGGCGGCAGCACCUUUGUGUUCAAUGGAGGACAAAUCGACGCUGCUACUCUUCAGCUGAUGGUCCAGCACAUGCUCAGAUCGGAAAUGCAGUCUCAGGCAUUCAGAGCUAUUUUAGCAUCCUCAGUCCAUACAGAGCGAGGUCUUCCUGGACCUAAAGGUGAUCCUGGUUACCCCGGAAGUCCGGGUCCUCCAGGAGCGUUGGGACAUGCAGGUCCUGAAGGUCCUAAAGGGCAGAAAGGAAGCCAGGGUGACCAUGGGCUGGAGGGGCCACCAGGUAUCAGAGGUCGUGAAGGUCAAGCGGGUCUUAGGGGCGAGCCAGGUCCUCCAGGCUUUGGAGUUAAGGGUGACAGAGGAGCUCCUGGAGAUCCUGGACCUGUCGGCCUGGCCGGAGCAAAAGGUGCAGCAGGAGUUUCCGGGGCCCCAGGUCAACCAGGUUCUCAGGGUUUCCGUGGCGAGGCAGGGCCACCGGGUCCUAAAGGAGACAGAGGGCUUCCAGGAUUUCAAGGACUUAAAGGCGACACUGGUGACAAAGGUGUCAGAGGAAUGCAAGGUGAUCCUGGUUUACCUGGCACGCCUGGAUCGGCUGGAGAGAAAGGAUCCAAAGGGUCAGCAGGUCUGCCUGGACAAGAUGGUACAAAAGGAUCAAGAGGUGACCAAGGACCUGCUGGACCACCUGGACUACGAGGUCCUGCUGGGCCUCCAGGAGAUGCUGGACUUCCAGGAGGACAUGGGCUUCAAGGACCACCAGGGAUACCAGGAAAUCCAGGACAACCUGGAGCCAAGGGUGAGACUGGUCAACCUGGAAGAAUCAUCAAUGCAGCUGGUUCCAGCUCUGUUGGCAUCCCAGGACCACCGGGACCUUCUGGCCCUCCUGGUCCUGCAGGACCUCCUGGAUUAUCAGGUCCCAUUGGUCCUGCUGGUUUGCCUGGUCAGCCUGGGCCUAAAGGUGACAGGGGAUUCCAGGGACAACCAGGCUUCACAGUGACAAGGACGGACAGUGUCAGUUCAACCAGAGCUGAGAGUCAGUUUGGAACUAGCAGUAGUGGUACCUCAAGACAAUCUGGUAUACCCGGCCCACCAGGUCCACCCGGGCCUCCUGGACGUCCAGGAGAUUCAAGGCAAGGACCUCCAGGACCUCCUGGGCCUCCAGGUCAAACAGGUUAUGGAAGACCAGGACCUAAAGGAGAAAAAGGAGACGCAGGCUUUGCAGCCAGCUCUGGAACAUAUUACAGUGGACAACCAGGGCCACCUGGACCUGCUGGGCCUAAAGGAUCAGCAGGUGCUCCUGGACCAAGGGGCUACCAAGGUGAACCAGGAGUGCCAGGUACCCCAGGAAGACCAGGAAGCUCUGAGAGAGUGUCAACUUAUGCUGGGGGACAUACAGUCACUGGACCAGCUGGUCCACCAGGGCCUCCUGGACGCCCAGGGCCGCAAGGAAUUAAAGGAGACCCUGGUACUCCUGGUGUCCCUGGCUCUUCAGGUGCCAUUUCAGUCACUUCCGGCCCACCUGGUCCCCCAGGUCCUCCCGGGCAUCCAGGCCAGCCGGGCUCUUUUGCUGCUUCUACCGAGAUCCGCCAGUACAUUACUGACUAUCUAACCAGAAGCAGACAGACUGGUGUAACUGGACCUCCAGGUCCACCUGGGCCUCCAGGACUUCCUGGAACCUUCUCAGGCUCCAUAGAGGACAUCUCUGCUCGCAUCAUUGCAUACCUGCAAAGAUCAGGCUCAGGCUCAGGCUCAAGCUCAAGCUCAGGCCUCAGCAUUGGUGUUCAGGGUCCUCCAGGUCCACCUGGACCUCCUGGACCUGCCUCUGGAUUCCACACAGUCAAUGAUCUUAUAAUCAUGCUUCAGAGGGAUGAUGUGAGGAGAUAUUUGUCAGGACUGUCAGGACCACCAGGACCACAAGGACCACCAGGGCCACCAGGGGCAUCUGCUGGUCUUUCAAGCAGCUACACUAUAGAGGAGGUAGCCACGUAUAUCUUCAACAUCAUGACUGACAGAGGGAUUGCUAGAGGUCCACCUGGACCACCUGGGCUACCUGGUACUCCUGGGACCCCUGGUGCGGGAGGCUCUGGCUAUAGCACAGUUUCAAUUGACUACUCUGCACUGGUGAAAAAUUCAGACUUCCGCACAUGGAUCAGGUCUGCCGUGCAACAAGGUCCUCCUGGUUCUCCAGGUGUUCCAGGCCAACCUGGUCCUCCUGGCCCUCAGGGGCCUCCUGGAGUCUCCACUGCCACUGUGUUUGGGGCAGGAAGUCGUGGCUAUAGCUUGGAGGACAUCCAACGUUACCUGCAGGGUUCUGGUUUCAGAGGUCUUCAAGGUCCCCCUGGUCCUCCAGGUCCACAGGGUCCACCAGGCAGUUACACUGGCUCAGUUUCCUACACUGGAAACUUCCCUCGAGAGAGCAUCCGUGCCGAGGUUCAGGAAUAUCUGACCAGCGAUAAUGUUCGUCGUUACAUCACUGGACAGCCUGGACCUCAAGGACCAAGGGGUCCAAAAGGAGAGCGCGGAGACCCAGGUCACGUCCAAGGUUACAUUCAGAGCCAGAGCUUCACUCAUGGGGACACCCAACGCAGCUCUGAUCAAAGAGAGAUCAGCAGGCUCAGUGAGACGAUGGACUACUCCAACGUCGCUCUGAAGGUUACAGACUACAUCAAGAAUCAAGGCCUGUUGCAAGGGUAUCUGGUUGAGGGCUCCUCGAAAACAAACGUGAGAGCAAUUCAGGGCCCUCCUGGUCCACCCGGGCCUCCCGGACCACCUGGUUACAGUCGUGUCAUCGGGUCCUACGGCAACGUCACUGCUGACCUCAUGGAGUUCUUCAGAACCCAUGGCACCAUCCCAGGCCCUCCAGGCGGCCCCGGAGCAAAGGGAGAAAGAGGUUAUCCAGGCCCCAGAGGAGAUAAGGGAGAUCCUGGUCAGCCAGGUCUACCAGGACUACCAGGGUCAUACACUAUCCAGAUUCCACACAGAGUGCAGAAGCGGGACACAGGCAAUAGAAUGGUUGGUCGUCGCCUGCAUCGCCGCCAGGCCGGCAGUGGCUAAGUGCCUUACAUACUACUGGAUGAUGUCACAUUUCAUUUCCAUUUCACUUUAACUAUUUUUUUUUUUUUUUUAGGUCUUCAACUGUAGCAAUGCAAGUAGUCAAAAACGCUUGUCUGUAGAAAUGUCACAAAGACAAUAAAAGUGGCCAAAAAAAAUGCAUCAGUCUUUUUUAAAAGUCCAGUAGAGGUAGAGGGAAGGGUUUAGCUGCCGGUCAGUAUUAAUGCAAAACAGGCUUUUUUGUUGUUGCUAUUACGUGGGUGUAUAAAGUUUACUUUGUGUAGUUAUAAGCUUGCAUUCAAACACGUGCUGGGGUGGGGUGGGGCGGGCAGCUUUGUACUUGUUUUCGAAGGUCCAGUGUGUAAGAAUUUGUGACAUCUAAAGGGGAAACUGCAGAUUGAUCGGUUCACCUCUCUCUUUUCCAAGGAAUUACGGUGGCCUUAAAAUACCAGAAAGGAUGUUGUUCUUCUUUGUAAGCUUAAAAAUGCAAAAACAAAAUGUCGAAACAUAGCAGCACAAGGUGCCUUUUUUAUUUUAAAGUGAUUAUACACUGAUAAAAACACACUUAUGGCUAAUAUAUUCAAUUUCUGCCAAAAAAAAUGUUGCCCAAAAUGCCCAAAUGUUACACACUGGACUUUUAAGUGGAAAGUAGCAUUUGCGCCUAUUUUUAACUGAAUGUUUUCCACUGCUUGUGCGAGUUCAGCAUCUGGUGUAUUUUUUUUUUAACAUUAGUAUUGUGUUUGUCUUUUUUUGAGGAUUGUAUUGUACUGAGGAAUAUAUUCUGUAAGUGUUAUAGAUGAUGUAUCGAGUUAAUCAAUUAAAAUACUUUUCCUAUUAUCCGCAUAAGUCAAACCAAACCUCCUGCCUUUAAGACCCCAAGAAGUCUCCACCACAUCACACACAUCAACAACAAAACAAUAUUUUUCUUUUCUUUUUUUAAACUUCAUAAAAAAACAAUACAACAUCAUCAGAAGUGGACAUAGUCCCAGUUAGAAUGAAGGCCAUUUGUGCAACACAGGAGGGGUUGGGUUUUUGGUUGAUGUACUUGAGAAGAAGAAUGAAUAAUUGUUGACAUGGUUUUUAGACAGGGACUUGUAACUCACUUAGAAAUGACUGAUUUUUGUAUAAGUGUUGAAAGGAUUAAAUUAUGAAAUGUUACCACAUUAUGUUAUACAUGAUUGAACCUAUUUGAGAUUUGAUCAAUUUAUGCGAAUAAAUCUAUUUUUUGGA